GCGCUGAGCUGCAGGCGCGCGCCUAACGGCUUCGCGGGCUGAGCGGUCAGAGGCUGCGAGUGUCGCUGCUGAAGGCUGUGGAGGACCCGGCUGGGUCGCGGAUUCUGAGCUACAUCUCGGGUUUGGGGCUGGGGGAGGGUGGAAGGGCCACGAGGAGCCGCGGGGGCUCAGGAGCCGGUGGUGGGCGUCUGAGGAGAAGUCGCCCCAUGAGGAAGCUCUUCAGCUGCGGGAGACGCCUGGGCCGGGCGGUCCUGGGCUCCAUCGACCACCAGUCCGCGGGUCCCGGGUACCACACCAGGGACGCGGAACUGCGGAAGAUCCACAGGGCGGCCAUCCAGGGCGACGCCGCGGAGGUGGAGCGCUGCCUGGCGCGCAGGAGCCGGGACGUGGAUGCCCAGGACAGGACUGUUCUACAUUUGGCCUGUGCCCGUGGCCGUGUGGAAGUGGUCACUCUCUUGCUGAGCAGAAAAUGCCAGAUCAACAUCUGUGACAGACUAAACAGGAUGCCUUUAAUGAAGGCUGUAUAUUACCAGGAAGAGACAUGUUCCAUUAUUCUGCUGGAACAGGGCGCCAAUCCAAACAUUAAGUAUGUCUACAGCAACACUGCUCUUCAUGAUGGUAAAUGUUAAGGAUGUCUACGGCAACACUGCUCUUCAUGAUGCUGUGUAUGAUAAGGGGACUUCACUGGCAGGAAAACUGCUUUCCCACCAUGCAAAUAUUGAAGCACUAAACAAGGAGGGAAAUACACCACUUUUGCUAUAAUUUGUAAGAGACAGCAAAUGGUGGCAUUUUUAGUGAAGAACCAGGCAAGUGCACAUGCCGUUGAUGAUUAGUCCGCUUUUUAGUAAAGAACCAGGCAAGUGCACAUGCCGCUGAUGAUGAGUCCGCUUUUUAGUGAAGAACCAGGCAAGUGCACAUGCCGCUGAUGAUGAGUCCGCUUUUUAGUGAAGAACCAGGCAAGUGCACAUGCCGCUGAUGAUGAGUCCGCUUUUUAGUGAAGAACCAGGCAAGUGCACAUGCCGCUGAUGAUGAGUCCGCUUUUUAGUGAAGAACCAGGCAAGUGCACAUGCCGUUGAUGAUGAGUCUGCUUUUUAGUGAAGAACCAGGCAAGUGCACAUGCCGUUGAUGAUGAGUCCGCUUUUUAGUGAAGAACCAGGCAAGUGCACAUGCUGCUGCUGAUGAGUCUGCUUUUUAGCCAGAAAUCACACAGAAACCUAGAGUAGUUAGAAGUAGCAAUGAGUGCAAGAUUCUUUCAGGACUUUUAAAGACCUUUAUCCCUAGGGAUCUCAGUGUUCAUUUUAUUCUAAGUAUAACCUUAUAUAUAACCUUUUAUGUGAGAUAUAAAUAGCGUCACAUUUUUACUUGUUUUUCUUUCUUUCUUUUUUUUUUUUUUUUCAGACAAGGUCUCACUAUGUUGCCCACAUUCCUGAGCUCAAUUGAUUCUCCUGCCUCAGCCUCCCAAACUGCUAGACACCAUGCCUGGCCUAAUUUUCUAAUUAGUUAUUGGGUCUUGAAAUGUCCAGUUUAGCAGAAAGUCUUGGAUUGUCCCCUGGGGCUAUCUCCUAUGCCUUCAUCCUUUGAAGUUUUCAAAAAGCUAAGGGGUUCCUAAAAGACAAUCUUGCUUUACAAGUCAGAAAAUAGGGGGAAAAGGCCAUUCUAAACAUUCUGUUGUUUCCAUUGAUUCACUUGUAUUGCUGCCAUUGUAACUGGUCCUGCAAUCUGGUAAUGAUUGACCUUUGCCACCAGGAUGCCUUUACUGAUUCAGACCCCUCACUCUUCGUGGUGACUCACACAGAGUUCACAGCCACAGUGUUUUUAGUUCAUGUACAUACGCUCAGCCGUUGUUCCCAGCACACUGCUCUGGCAGCGAGGCCUCCUGGCUUUACCCACACACAUAGUGAGUAAAUUGACCCUCCCCUAACACUAAAAACCUUAUCUGUUGCCCACCUCUUAGCUAGGCUUAGCCUAGACCUUGAUGGUAAGUUAUCCUUUGAGACCUGUGUUCAUCUUUUCUCUAGCAAAUGUUAGUUGGGAUUGUCCUCAGCAGUCAGGGACGUUCAAAUAAUGUGGCAGGAAGAGAUCAGAGGUCCCUUUCCCUUUUGUUAUCACAUCUGUACCUUGAGGCUUUUUUUCUGUCCUGUGUAGCAGCUUUUAGGUAGCAGAAGGUUCCACAUUAUCCUUCAAUAGAGUAGUGGGCACCAACUUGCAGUUGGCCCCUCACAUAAUGUGUUUCCGUAACAAUGAAAAUCUCUCAGGCUACUUGCAUCUCUACCUCAAGUUUUUAAAAUAUUUUAAAAUUCUACCUCACAAGAAGUCAUUCAAUAGAAUUAUCUGUAUCUAAAGUAGGUAAUUUGGAUUUAACAGAGCUAAGCCUCAUCCAUGACUCAUGAGUAUCCAUGUAUAAAACAGGGCUUUAUACUUGUUUCAGCAGCAUAUAUUCUAAGAUUGGAUCAAUACAGAGCAGAUAAGCAUGGCUGCUACCUAAGGAUGGCACACAAAUUCAGCAAGCAUUCCACAUUUUGCACAGUCCCCAGAAGGUCAUUUGACUAUUUGUCAGCUAGCUCCAAGGAAACAGUACAAGUCAGACCAAAACAGGAGACAUCCAAUAUUGAACUUGUUGUUACGUUAUUAUAAAAGUAUUCACGUAAGGUGAUCUGUGAAAUGUGAACAGCACUGAGUAACAUAUGGGAUGUUACAUGCAAAUAUGUUGUUAGUCCAUGACUUGGAAAUGAGGAAACAUCAACUUGUAUCUCUUUCAUGGAACAGAAAAACAAGACAAGCAGGGUUUGUCUUGUAUGUCAGUUGGAGAGGACCAAGAAGAUGCAGCCUCUGACAGACCUGCUGGCUCCGAGUUUCAGGAGGUAGAGAAGGAAUUGUAGUUGUCCAAGCCAGGUUUUGAUAUUUAUUAGUUUUCUGCCCUCGGUGUGAUUGAUGAGCUCAGUAAUAGGGAACAAUUAGGUAAUCUAUUUUAAUGAGAUAAUAUAUUUAUAUAUAAAUUUAGUUACAAGUUAUGAAUUAGCUAAAAUGCUCUGAACUAGAAGCCACAAUGAAUAGAACUAAUAACCAAAAUUAGCACUUAAUAACAUUUUCUGAAAACUGUGACAUUCAAAUAUUAGAACCUAUGAAAAAACACCAAUCAAGUUUUGAGAUUCCAAAAUUGUUUCAGCAAUACAGUUCAAGAAUAAAUUAUUCCAUUGCUUUACUAUUUCUCUGAAUAUUUAAACAUGUUAUCUCAUUACAUCCUCCUAACAACCUAGUGAAGUAAGGUAGUAAAAUCCUUAUUUUUUAGAAAAAGCCAUGGAGCCUAAGAGAGGCAACUGGUCUGAAAACAAAAUACCUGUUGGUUACAGAGUGAGGACUUAGUCUGAGUGCAGGACACUUUCCAGGAUGUUAAGCUAACUAGAAUUAAUUUACUGAGCUAUGCUUCUCUCAGUUUAUGAAUACUUCAUGUUUUUCUUCUUUAAUUAGAAGCUUCUUUAAUUAUAAGUUUAUAGAGCUUAAAAUUUUUAAGUGUAUGGGACAUUAGAGUUCUGAUAUUAGCUCUGAUAUUGUCUGAAAUGCUUUAAGAAUUUAACAUAUUUGGUAAAUAUUUUUCAUAUCACUAUUAAAAUAGUAAUUGUAUUUAUUACAUUUAUUAUGCAUAGCAUUCAACAACAAAUUUUGGAACUUAAAGAUAAGAUACUUUAAAAUCAUCUUCAAAAUGACAAUUAAGGUGGGACUUCUUAUAGUAAAUUUCUCAUUUCUCUUGGUGGUCUUAUUGAUUUUAAAAAGUAAGGUUACAGACCAGGCACGAUGGGUCACACCUGUAAUCCCAGCACUUUGGGAGGCUGAGGCAGGUGGAUCACCUGAGGUCAGGAGUUUGAGACCAGCCUGGCUAACAUGGCAAAACCCGUCUCUACUAAAAAUACAAAAAUUAGCCGGGCGUGGUGGCAGGCACCUGUAAUCCCAGCUACUCAGGAGGCUGAGGCAGGAGAAUCACUUGAACCCAGGAGGUGGAGGUUGCAGUGAGCUGAGAUUGCACCACUGCACUCCAGCCUGGAUAAAAGAGCAAGACUCUAUCUCCAAAAAAAAAAAAAAAAAAAAAAAAAGUAAGAUUACAUAGUUUUAAUCAUAAAAGAGCAGUUUAAAAUAUAUAUGUAUAUAAAUUAAUUUUUUAAAUUUAAUUUAUUUAGUUUAGAAUUCAGAGUUGAGGAGUUAGUUGUAGCUAAUUCAUAAUCUCACAGUAUUGUCUGAAAACAAUGCAUUUACCUACUUAUGUUCCCUGAAAUUCGACAUGAUAUUUUUGUAUUAAUAUAAAUAAGAAAUUAGAUUUUUAAGUUAGUAUGUUGUAUUUUCCUCUAUAAUCACAUUAUUAUAAAUUGGACUUGUGAUGCAAAUGGAUCUUCAUUUAAUUUUUAUAAUAAAUGGUUUGUAUUCAGUAAAUAAAUAUUAAUUAUAGUUGAUUCUUGAAUAAUGUGGCGGUUAGGGGCUCUGAUCCCUGUGCAGUUGAAAAUCUGAGUAUACCUUUGACUCCUUCCAAACUUAACCAAUAGCCUACCAUUGACUGGAAGCCUUGCUGAUAACACAGGCAGUCCAUGAACGCAUAUUUGGUAUGUGCUGCAUUGUUAUAUACUAUGUUUGUACAAUAAAGUAAGCUAGAGAAAUGAAGCUGUUAUAAAGAAAAUCAUAGAAAAGAAAAAAAGUACUUACUAUUCAUAAAGCAGAAGUGAGUCCUCCCAAAGGUCUUCAUCUUCAUCAUC